AUGGAGCCGGCGCGCCAGACGCUGCCGCUGGAGAACGCGUCCAUCCUGUCCGAGGGCUCCCUACAGGACGGGCACCGCCUUUGGAUCGGCAACCUCGACCCCAAGAUCACCGAAUACCACCUCCUCAAACUCCUUCAGAAGUUUGGCAAAGUAAAGCAGUUUGACUUUCUCUUUCACAAGUCUGGUGCUCUGGAGGGGCAGCCGAGGGGUUACUGUUUUGUGAACUUUGAAACCAAACAGGAAGCAGAAAAGGCGAUCCAGUGUCUCAAUGGGAAGCUGGCCCUUUCCAAGAAACUGGUGGUGCGGUGGGCACACGCGCAAGUCAAGAGAUAUGACCACAACAAAAACGAGAAGAUCCUUCCGAUCAGUCUGGAGCCAUCGUCCAGCACGGAGCCGCCCCAGUCGAACCUCAGUGUCAGUGCAAAAAUAAAGGCCAUUGAAGCCAAGCUGAAAAUGAUGGCAGAAAAUCCAGAUGCCGAAUACCCAGCAGCGCCUGUUUAUUCUUACUUCAAACCGUCGGAUAAGAAAAGGACUACUCCUUAUUCCAGAGCUGCCUGGAAGUCUAGAAGAUGAUGCUUAUGAAUGGAUAAUAGUAGCAAGAAACAGUGCUUUGUGUUCCUGGAGUCCUCCAACGCUUUUGUACUGUGUCGAGUGCGCGGGAUGCGCCGGCGGAGCGCGGCAGGGCGUCCGCGGCACCUCGGUGAGCUGCCGAGCGCUCCUCGCUGCCGCGCAGCCCAGCGCUGCUCAGAGAAGUAGCUUCCCUUCAAAGCCUCUGCUGAACACGCAGACAGCCUCUUGUUAGUGUGCAUUCAUUAGCAAGAUUAGAAACGGUAACUAGUGGAUGGAGUAAAGCACAUCCAAAAAUACUCCGUUUAACUGAUUACUUUUUAAAGUGUUUUGGAACAAAAAGUAUUCCGAUUUGUGGGUUUUUUUAACGGGAGGGGAAGCACUCAGUUUUGAUGAACAUUCUGUAGUCACCGCGGAAAACUUUUUCGUCUCAAUAAAACUCAUUUUAAAUAGA